GGUCCGGGCUCCGACUCCACGUACGCCCAUGGCAACGGUUACCAGGAGACGGGAGGCGGUCACCAUAGAGACGGGAUGCUGUACCUGGGCGCCAGGGCCUCGCUGGCCGAUGCGCUGCCCCUCCACAUCGCACCGCGGUGGUUCAGCUCGCACAGCGGUUUCAAGUGCCCCAUUUGCUCCAAAUCCGUGGCUUCUGACGAGAUGGAAAUGCACUUUAUCAUGUGUCUGAGCAAACCUCGCCUCUCCUACAACGGUAAGGGCCGGCGGCCAGGCUUUGCGGGGGACACGGCGUCCUGCUGGCUUGGGACGGCUCCGGGCAGGCUGGAGAGACGCUUGCCGCAGGCGGCACGGCUGGGCUUGCCAAGAGGGCUGUGCUCCAGUGGACCGCCCUGCCUCUGCAUUUAUCACAAAAGCUGUAUAGACUCAUGGUUUGAAGUGAACAGAUCUUGCCCGGAGCAUCCUUCUGAUUGACCCGCCGGGCGUGCUUGCUGACUUCUCUCUAAGGGCACCUUGCUAUACCUGCUGUACCUCCUCUCCCCGUCCUCCCCGCCCCGCCUGGAGUUUUGGGCUGACUUUAAAUUCCUCGAGAAGACAAAAAUAAAACCCAGAAACUUGAAUCCACUUGGGACAACAGCGAAUUUUUUUUAUUUUAUUUUAUUAUUUUUAUUUGUUUCGUUGUUUUGGGGUUUUUUUUGUUUUUGUUUUGUUUCGUUUUUUUUUAAUUUAAAAGAUUUGAAAAUGAAAUAUCCAGGAGAAGACAGUGUGAGAAAAGCGGAGCGGACCUGCUCUCCCCUCCACGGCCGCUGGUCACCAGGAGAGCUCUGCCCGCCAGGGAGGCCCCGGGGACGCCCUCGGCCGAAACCCUGCCAUGAU